AUGUCAGUGACUGAAACGAAAAAAAGCACCACAAACAACACUGACUUCUACAACGCCAUCUCCGGCCGUACCCUUAACGAUGCUGUCUACGGCCUCUUCCUCAACCUCGAUGACGUCAACACAACCGCUUGCAAGUCCUACGUGAUCACCGUAACCUCUGAGGUCGUGCAGCGUUGCCCGAUCGAGAAAGAGGUUGUGAUAUGGUACGAUGACUGCAUGUUAUGCUACUCCAAUAAGUACUUCUUCUCUGUCACCGCAGAGUCGUCAAGGUUGUUCAUGUGGAACACUGCCAACAUCAGCAGUGAACUGAACCGGUUCAACCAAGUUUUGGUGGCGAGCAUGAAACAGAUGGCCAUGGCGGCUUUGAACAACAGCGAUAAGUUCACAACGAGAGAGGCCAACUUCACGGGGUUGAUUAGCUUGUACAUCUUGGGGUAG